GAGCCUGAGACCAGUCACCUGAAGGCUGAUCGUUAAAGGGAGGGGCAGUAGUCAUCCCGCGACGCACUCAAGUUGCGUCUAAUCCACUUGCGCGUCGGUUUUCUGUGGGAGUUUCCAUUGGGUCCGAUUCCAAUGCUUGCGUCUUGAGGUUUAGAGCUUCGGUGUGGAUAACAUCAGUUGUGCAGGGGUUUUCGAAGCGGGGGUUCGAGUUGGCAUCAGGGUUAUGAGAUUGGCCAGGUUCGGCGGGGAGGCGUUUCGUGGAGUGUUGUAGCUGGCGCUGCAGGUUGUUUGGCGGUUUUUAGGUGGUUGACAUUGCGCGUGCUGGUUGAGAAUGCUAUCAAGGUGAUUUGUAAUUGUUUUUUUUGGUCGUAGAUCUCGUGCGAAUGGUUCUGCUGUUUUCUAGAUGCUGCGUUCUGGCCUCUUAGCAACUCUCUUUUUCGCCGCAAUGUGCUCGGAUCCAGCGAGUUUUCUCGCAGUUGGAUUUGUUGCGAGAGCUAUUCAUUGCUUUGGUUUGCUCCCGCCGGGGAAAUCGACUCGUCAGUCUAGUAGAGAAUAUCUAGGCAGAUAGUACGAAGCGAGCUCCGGGGUGGCAGCUAAACAGACGUGUUCAUCAGCCAACACCAUACUCUACGAAGUUUAGUGCGAAGAGGUCUGCAGCUUUGGUGCAGAUGCAAGCAUUGCCGAAGUGGCAUCAACGCCGAGUUUGAGGGUGUGCUCUGUUAUCCAUGGCGUGGACAAAUCGUUGGUUAGUGCUAGUAGCUUCAAUAUGGCUGCAGGCAUGUGCGGGAAUUGGCUAUAUCUUCGGGAGCAUUUCACCUGUGAUUAAAACAAAUCUAAAUUUGAACCAGAGGCAACUUAACCGAUUGGGGGUAGCGAAGGACCUCGGCGAUAGUGUUGGCCUUCUGGCCGGUUUUCUGUCAGAUUGGCUGCCUUCCUGGGGCCUCAUUUUAGUGGGCUUGUUGCACAACUGUAUUGGUUAUGGUUGGGUUUGGCUGAUUGUCAUCCGUCGAGUUGCUACACCUCCUUUCGCUGUGGUCUGCUUGCUGAUAGCUCUUGGAACGAAUGGUGAGACAUACUUCAACACUGCUGCUUUGGUGUCGUCUGUUCGCACUUUCUCGCAUUACAGGGGCCCUGUGGUGGGAAUCUUGAAAGGAUUUGCCGGCCUAGGUGGUGCCAUUUUCACAUGUGUAUACACUGCCUUUUUUGCUCCUGACCAAGCAUCCUUCAUACUCAUAAUAGCGGUAGGUCCAACAUUAGUAGCGUUUCUGGCUUUGUUUGUCAUUCGGCCUUUGCCCAUUGAAGCAAAAGAUAGCGGUGAUCAUGACCAGAAAUUCAGAUUCCUCUACGGCAUUUGUUUGGUGCUGGCAAUCUAUCUGUUGUCCACUAUAAUCGUACAGGAUAGUCCUUCAGCCAGUAAAAAUACGGAUCGUCUCUUCGCAAUUGGAUUAUUCACGCUCCUUGCACUGCCAUUAGCCCUAGUCAUUCCUAGUGCCCUUGAAAAGCAGUCCUCCGACUACGAUAAAAGUUUCCAAGACGAAGCCGGCCAAUUGCGUGCUCCUUUACUGGACGAUGUGGAGAAUGAAGUUGCAGCUGGUGGAGAAGGGCGUGCCACUGUUGUGGGCAGCGUUGAUGGGAAGGCAUCAGGGCAGUGCACAGCUACGCGGGCCUGGAAAGAGUCUCCCCGUCUCAAAGACCAAGAUUUGCUUCUCUUUAGCGAACUCGAAGACGAGAAGGAAACGUUGCCGGAACCCGUCAGGCGUGACCGGAUGCGCCGUGCCAGCUCCCGUUUGUAUCGUGCUGUAGCUGAGGGAGCCGUCAAGGUGAAGCGGAAACGGAAGGGUCCUCACCGAGGCGAAGACUUUACAAUGAGGCAGGCUCUGGUCAAGGCAGACUUAUGGUUACUGUUCUUUGGCCUGGUGUGCGGCGCUGGGUCUGGUUUGAUGGUAAUCGACAAUUUGGGGCAGAUUUCUCAGUCUCUAGGGUAUAAGGACCCUCACAUCUUUGUUGCCCUCAUCAGCAUUUGGAACUUCCUGGGACGCCUUGGUGGUGGUUACGUCUCCGAAGUAAUUGCCAGAGGGCACGCCUUACCCAGGCCAAUUCUCAUAGUAGGAGCGCAAGCGAUAACGACCAUAGGCCACGCAUCAUUGGCAGUCGGCAUGCAGGGCUCGCUGUACGCCGGCUCGUUACUGGUGGGCUUGGGAUACGGAGCUCACUGGGCCAUCGUCCCCGCCACGGCGUCGGAGCUCUUUGGGCUGAAGAACUUCGGCAUGCUGUACAACUUCCUCGCCAUGGCGAACCCAACUGGGUCCCUCAUCUUCUCGGGGCUCAUUGCAGGGACUCUCUACGACUGGGAGGCUCAGAAGCAACAUGGUGGUGUUGCCCCGCGAAACGGCGAGGCUUUGAGGUGCGAAGGCCCUGUUUGUUUUCGUCUCACCCUCUUUAUAAUGACGGGGAUGUGCAUGCUCGGUGCAGUCCUCAACACCAUCCUCAUCUUCCGCACGCGGCGUGUGUACACAAUGCUGUAUGGGAAGACGCAGCGCGACGACGCAGUCGGUGAGGAAGCUCGCGACGCCACUGCUAGUAUUCAGAACUAGUGUGUACAAUACCUCGUAGCUAUCAAUAUUGAUUGAUUUAUGAUUUUGUUGCACGGAGACUGGAAAUUAACAUUUGAAACUCUCUCCUCGAUUUCACAAAGACAAAGGACAGACUUCAUUUUGAAUAUUGAAAUUCUUAAUUUUGUGCCAAUUGGGCCAGAGCUUUUGCAGCACUUAUUGUCCCAAUUCUGAGCAAAGCUUUCAUAAAAAUACAUACUUAUUUUUAUUUUUAUUUUA